AAUCAGAAAGAGCAAGCUGUCGUCUAACAGACUAACAAGUUCUCUGCACACGUCAUUGCCGAGCCGGUAUCAUUCAUUUCGGCAAUAUUUUACGUAGAAGUCAAGACGUCUGGUCAUUAUGGGAUUUCGAAUUAAAGUUUAUUUGAUCUGCCUUUUCGUAACGCUAACUGGGUUUUGCACCGCAACCAGUGAGGAUAUACUAAUAAAAAAUGCCGAGCGGACCAUCGACCUUACCAGUCAACUUGUCAAAAUCACCCACCGCCUGACUUUGUCAAACACGGGCAAAUCAUCUGUCAAAAGCUUUAGUUUUCCUAUCGAUCCCAAAGCUCAGGAGAAACUAUCAUACUUCAAAGCCCAGCUUGCAGAUGGAAAGGAGUCGUCAGGUGAGCUGAAAACAGAGUUUUCCACUGUUAAAGGAAUUCUGACAUACAAAAUCACCCUAAGCAGUUCUCUUGAACCUGGUCAAAUUGUCAAAGUUCUUGUUGGCACAGUAUUCACUCAUCAUCUUUCACCUCAUCCAAAAGAAAUUACUCAGAAAGAAAAACAGUUAGUUCAGUACAGGGGUAAUGCUUACAUCUACACACCAUACAAAGUUACAACACAAACUACCAAAGUCCUACUAAGCUCAUCCACUGUCGAAAGCUACACCAAGGUUAAGCCUUCCUCUCAAAGUGAUUCAACCAUUACUUAUGGACCUUAUGAAAAUGUUGCUCCAUUGUCAGAGGAGGGCAUUAUUAUUCAUUAUGAGAAUAACACUCCAUUCUUGAGUGUUGGUCAUCUGCUCAGACAUAUAGAAGUGUCUCACUGGGGUAACAUUGCUGUUGAGGAAACUUUGGAUGUUUACCAUGGUGGAGCCAAGCUCAAAGGUUCAUUUUCUCGAUUUGAGUAUCAAAGAGAGCAAAGUGGGGUCUCUAGCGUCAAAUCUUUCAAAACGGUAUUGCCUGAAUUAGCCGCAGACGUGUAUUAUCGCGACGAAAUCGGAAAUAUUUCCACGUCAAACUUGAGACAGGAGGAUGAUGGUGAUGUUUCGUUAGAACUCCGCCCGAGGUUCCCAUUGUUCGGUGGAUGGAAGACUCAUUAUGUGGUCGGCUACAAUCUACCCAGCUUCGCUAACUUGUUCAAUUCCGGCGACGAAUUUGUUCUACAAAUGGAUCUUAUUUCUCACAUCUUCGAUCACAUGGUUGUCGAUGAUGCUCUUGUUCGCAUCAUUCUCCCUGAAGGGGCUUCUAACAUUGAAGUUGAGACACCUUAUGCUGUUACUCGAUUACCAGAUUCGUUGCAUUUUACGUACCUUGAUGUCAAGGGCCGCCCGGUUGUGGAAAUUGCUGCCAAGAACCUCGUAGAGAACCACAUUCAACCUUUCAAAUUACGUUACACGUUUUCGCGGAUCGUCAUGCUUCAAGAGCCAUUCUUGUGCGUUCUAGCAUUUUUCCUUUUGUUCCUCACUUUCAUCAUCUAUGCGCGAUUGGACUUUUCGAUCACCAAGGAUGAAACUUGUGACAAUCGGUCACGAGCAGCAGUUAUGGUUGAACAUAUUCGUAACCAUUACCUCAAGAGAUCUACAUUGUUUCAAGCAUUUGAAACACAAGUGGCAAAACUUAAAAGCUCGCGGGAUAUCAAUGCUUUUCAAGCAGCAGCAAAAAAUAUCACAAGCGAUCUACGAGCUCAAAUUUUGGAUCUACCAAGUAGUCUCAAAUCAGAAUCCCCUCAGCUUAACGACCGUGUGACUGAGCUUCAAAAACAGGACAAAGCUUACAGAGAUUUUCAGAGCACCCAUGCUCAGCUAGUGGAACGACUAGUUAGUGGGAAAAUAAAUAAAGCUCAAUUCGUUGACGCCGAAGCCCUGCUUACUAAAAAAAGGGACGAACUUGUCGAGAAACUAAACCACUUAAUUAACACUCUUUAAAAAGUAUUUUGAUCAUUCUGGACCCUACAGGAGACUUUUCUUUAUAUGAACUUGAUUACAAAUUCAACCUCA